AUGAGCGGAUCUUCACCGUUGGCACCUAACACACCUUCAACACCUGUAUUGUCUGCAGCCAUCACCACAGGAUUAUCAUUUAAACGUCAUUACCGGCCUUAUUUUACCAAAAGACAACUUGCAACAUUAAACAGUUUGAAGAAAAAUGGUGCAAUGACAGUAAAAGAAAUCAACACACGUCAUGCCAGUUGUAAAUUCAUUCAGGAUAUUGGAAAAAAGUUAGGAUUUCCUCAAAAAACAAUAAGCACCUCACAAGCUUUAUAUCAUCGAUUUUCACUUUAUUACUCAACUAGAGAUUAUUCAGCACAGGAUAUUAGUGUGACAUGUAUAUUUGUCGCAUCGAAAAUAGAGGAGACCACCAAAAAAUUAAAAGACAUCUUGGUUGCAGUGCACAGUGUUAAAUACCCCGACAGUAAAGAAUUAGAACCUGAACAGGUCUCAGAGGAACGUAGACGUAAAAUUAUUGGUUAUGAAAAAAUGUUAUUGGAAACCCUUUGCUUCGAUUUUCAACUAAGGCAUCCGUUUGAGUAUGUGAUCAAGUUUAUUAAAUGGAUACAAGAUAGUAAAAGAUUAGCCAAGAAGGCAUACCAGCUGGCUGUCGACAGUUUUAAAACUAUACUCUGUGUAGAAUAUCCUGCUCAUACUAUAGCUGCUGGUUGUAUUUAUUUAGCUUCGCGUUUGUUAAAGGAGCAAGACGCUACAUUUCAAGAGUUACCAGAAUCAGAGCCUUGGGAUCAAUACUUUUUAUCUCGUAUGGAGGAUAUCGAAGGUAAAUCAUCUCCGGGUGGAUCAGAGUUAAUUCUAGGACAAAGCUAA